AUGAGGAGCAAGAACGAGGCCACUCUAUACAUCAAAACUCUACGUACGAACAUCCUGAUUGUCUCUCUUUAUGUUGAUGACUUAAUUGUCACAGGAAAUAACACAAAAUUGAUCGAGGAUUUCAAGAGAGACAUGAUGAGCACAUUUGAGAUGACGGACUUAGGAUUAAUGCACUAUUUUCUCGGAAUGGAGAUAAGUCAAGAGGAAGAAGGCAUCUUCCUAUCACAAAAGAAGUAUAUUGAAGAUAUGCUCAAGAAGUUCAAGAUGCAAGACUGCAAGCCAGUGGUUACACCUCUCAUUCCAAAUGAGAAGUUGAAGAAAGAAGAUGGGUCAAAACCGACGGAUUCUACAAAGUAUCGAAGUUUGAUUGGGAGUCUACUAUAUUUGACGGCAACAAGGCCAGACAUCAAGUAUGCAACAAGCCUUCUAUCCAGAUUCAUGGAAAGUCCGAAGGAGACCCACUAUGGAGCAGCAAAGAGACUUCUCAGAUACCUGCAAGGUACGCUCAACUAUGGUAUUUGGUACAAACCAAAGUCUGACUCACAGAUCAGUGGAUAUAGCGAUAGUGAUUGGGCUGGAUCUCAAGAUGACAUGAAAAGCACCUCAGGCUAUGCUUUCAAGCUUGGCUCAGGAAUUUUUUCUUGGGGAUCAAAGAAGCAAGACUCAGUUGCACUAUCAACAGCAGAAGCUGAGUAUGUUGCAGCAGCCGAAGCAGCAUGCCAAGCUAUAUGGCUUAGAAGAAUACUAGCGGAUAUGGGCGAACCGCAAGACUCAUCGACAGAGAUCUACUGCGAUAACAAGUCAUCUAUAGCAAUGGCUAAGAAUCCAGUUCAGCACAAUCGCACCAAGCACAUCGACAUCAAGUAUCACUUCUUGAGAGAUGUUGAAGCAAAGAAACUUAUCGAGAUGAAGUAUUGUCCAACAGAAGAGCAGUUGGCGGACAUCUUCACAAAAGCACUACCAAGGGACAGAUUCCAGUUUCUACGAAGAAUGCUUGGAGUAACCGAUAAAUGCAUCAAGGAGGAGUAUUGA